AUGUCGCAUUUUACUUCUGAAUUUGAGGGAAAGAAUGAGCAUGUUCAGCUCAACCCCUCUGGGCUGAUCUACCUGAUCCAUUAUAAAGAAGAAUAUAAAAAGUCUAAGGACAAGUGUACAUUUGUGACUGACACUCCUAUGCUGAAUCAUGUAAAAAAUAUUGGUGCAUUUAUUUCUGAGGUCGCCUAUAAACAGAAACACGAUGCUACCAAAGGACUCUCGGAUUAUGCCCGCAUGAAGGAGCCACCUGUGGUCAAACACGCCAUGGAAGUCACUAAACACCAAAGUAAUAUUUCUUAUAGGAAAGAUGCGUAGGACACCCACAUGUACACUGCAGAGCUCGACAGGCCGGAUAUCAAGAAGGCAACGCAGAUCUCCAAGAUCAUAAGCAAUGCAGAAUACAAGAAAGGGCAAGGAAUAAUGAAUAAAGAGCCUGCUGUAAUUGGAAGACCAGAUUUUGAACAUGCCGUGGAAGCUUCUAAACUUUCUAGUCAAGUUAAAUAUAAAGAAAAAUUUGAAAAUGAAAUGAAGGAUAAGAAACAUCAUUACAAUCCCCUUGAAAGUGCUUCUUUUAGGCAACACCAGCUUGCGGCCACACUGGCAAGUAAUGUGAGUUACAAGAAAGACAUUGAAAAUAUGCACGAUCCGGUUUCAGAUCUCCCAAAUUGGUUGUUUUUAGACCAUGCCCUGAAAGCCAGCAAAAUGCUCAGUGGACGAGAAUAUAAAAAGCUGUUUGAGGAAAACAAAGGCACGUACCAUUUUGAUGCCGAUGCCUCGGAACACCUGCACCAUAGAGGCGUUUCCACACUUCAGAGCCAGGUUAAAUAUAAAGAAGAAUAUGAGAAGAAUAAGGGAAAGUCAAUGCUUGAAUUUGUUGAGACUCCGUCAUAUCAAGCUUCCAAGGAAGCUCAAAAGAUGCAAAGUGAGAGAGUUUACAAAGAGGAUUUUGAGAAGGAGAUUAAAGGAAGGUCCUCACUGGAUUUAGACAAGACUCCUGAAUUUUUACAUGUAAAGUACAUCACCAACCUUCUGAGGGAGAAAGAAUAUAAAAAAGAUUUGGAAAAUGAAAUAAAAGGGAGAGGAAUGGAAGUUAGUUCAGAAGUUCUUGAUAUUCAAAGAGCAAAACGAGCAUCUGAAAUAGCCAGUGAGAAAGACUACAAAAGAGACCUGGAGAUUGAAGUUAAAGGGAAAGGAAUGCAGGUCAGUCCAGACACUCUCGAAGUCCAGAGAGCUAAGCGAGCAUCCGAGAUGGCCAGCCAGAAACAGUAUAAGAAAGACUUAGAAAAUGAAAUUAAGGGAAAAGGAAUGCAAGUGAACAUGGAUAUCCCAGAUAUGCUUCGAGCCAAGAGGGCAUCUGAAAUCUACAGCCAGAAAAAGUAUAAAGGUGAAGCAGAGAAAAUGCUUUCUAACUAUUCCACCGUGGCAGAUACUCCUGAAAUUCAGAGAAUUAAGACGACUCAACGAAACAUUAGUACGGUAUUCUAUAAAAAGGAAGUAGGAGCUGGCACAGCAGUAAAAGAGACUCCAGAGAUUGAAUGAGUGAAGAAAAAUCAGCAAAAUAUUAGUUCAGACCUAUCUAGGACUCCACAUUGUGUGCAGUGGCGGGACACCGCUGUAUCCUCCCAUCUGUGGCUGUCCGCUGUCUACCAGGAACGCUGUCCUUGUUCCUCUGCACAGGUCCCUUGGCUGGCUGCCUGACAUUCCCUCAUGCUGAGACUAUGGUGAUGUGUUUCUAUCAAGAGCACUGCAGAGUUGACGGUCCCACCCCAGGUGUCACACUAGGAGGGUCAUGAUGUCCCUAAACACAACAACUGCUGAUGUGAUGCUGCAUCUUCUUGAUGGUAGUGUUUGCCAGGAUUUGCACAAGAAAUUAUUAUUUCCCAGCUCUGCUAUGGAUACCAUGGGCUGCUACUUGGAAACUACCUACGUAGACUACCCCACUUCCAACUUCUGCUCAGUCAGGGCCCUGUGCUCUACUGGAAUGUGCCUGUCUACUGUGUGCCUAAGGGGAAUUUUCUCCUUGCGUGUUGCUAUCUCUACCUCAGUGGACCAGAAAUCCCCUCUGAAUAUAAGAGUACAAUUUGCUCAAAAGAGGAUACACAAAGCUCUGGCCAGUUCAAUGCCCAAGGCAGUUGCAGUGACAACAGGAGCGUCAGGGAAAGUCAAUUUCUGAGUGAAGACUGCAUUCCCAAGGAUAAAACAGGUUGUUUCAGGAGAAAGACACCAAUUGACCACAAGUGUGUAAGAAUUCAGAACACAUGUGCACAGAGCUUCGAAAUGUGCAAAAAACUGAUAAAAGGACAACUGAAUACAGAAUUAUAGUCAGACAUUUCAAUGUCCUCACAAUUUAAUAGAAAAAUUAAACACAAUUUUUAGGGAUCAAAAGAUUGUAUUUUUUUCAGAAGAUAAUUUUUUUUAUUUAAGGAGAAAAAAGAAAAAAAAACAGAAAAAGGGUACAAGUAAUACAAAAUUUAAAAAAUAAACAGUAAGAAAUCACUAGUGAAUAGAUUACAUAUUCUCAUCUUAGAAAUAGUUGUUCAAAUUAGAAAAUUGAAGCACAUAAAGUGGACUUUCAAACAGUGAGAGUGCAAACAGUUUUGUUCAAUGAUCCAAAAAAAACCCCACUCAGUAAUAUGGCUAUCUUAUACACUUAAACAUAUAUGCAGUUAUAACCUUUAGAGCUUUUUUUUUUUUUUGUAGAAUGGCAGUUACACAGUUUGGGUUUUAUGACUCCCACAGUUCUUUUUUUUUUUUUUUUUUUUUUUUUUUGAAGAGAGUAAAACCAAAUGCGACAUAUCAGAACAGUCAGUCAAAUCAAAAGGAUG